UCCCUCCUCCGUCCUCCCUCCCUCCCUCCGGAGGAAAACACACCGCUCUCGCUCUCCCUCUUCUUCCGCUCCGGGCAGCACCUGAACCGGGAGGAGGCGACCCGGCGGUGAUGAAAGCCGUCACGCAGGUUUUCGGGGUCAUGGCGGAGCUCUUCGGGCAGGUCUGGGAGCGAACCGGAGCGGAGCAGCGCCGCCGCAGCCUUUAAAACACUGCAGCCCGAACGGCGGAAGCGCCUCCACCGAAAAAACACCGGCAGCGGCCACUGCGCUCCCAUUAUCGUCACCAUCCUGCAGACGUGGAGAGGAAGACACCGCGGUGGAGUCGGCGGAUCUUCAGCAAACAGGGGCCAUGAGCAGUGAGCUGAACGUCCCCAUGGGCUCCCCGGCCCCCGGCGUGUCGGAGCGGGCCCCGGACGGCGGCGGGAUGGACUACCGGGACUGGGUGCGGCGCAGCUACCUGGAGCUGGUGAGCUCCAACCACCACUCGGUGCAGGCGCUGUCCUGGAGGAAGCUCUACCUCAGCCGGGCCAAGCUGAAGGCCUCCAGCAGGACCUCGGCGCUGCUCUCCGGCUUUGCCAUGGUGGCCAUGGUGGAGGUGCAGCUGGAGGUGAAGUUCGAUUACCCCCACGUGCUCCUCAUCGCCUUCAGCGUGUGCACCACGGUGCUGGUGGCCGUGCACCUCUUCGCCCUGCUGAUCAGCACCUGCAUCCUGCCCAACGUGGAGGCCGUCAGCAACAUCCACAACCUGAACUCGGUCAGCGAGUCCCCCCACGAGCGCAUGCACCACUACAUCGAGCUGGCGUGGGGCUUCUCCACGGCGCUGGGCAUCCUGCUCUUCCUGGCCGAGGUGGUGCUCCUCUGCUGGAUGAAGUUCCUGCCCGUGGACGCCGGCAGGGCGGCGCCCCAGAGCAGCACGGCGGCGACCACCACCGCGGCCACGGCCACCACCAAGGUGCCGCAGAACAGCGGCUUCCAGGCGGCGCUGGCCUCCACCAUCAUCAUGGUGCCGGUGGGGGUGAUCUUCGUGCUCUUCACCAUCCACUUCUACCGCUCCCUGGUGCGCCACAAGACGGAGCGCCACCACCAGGAGAUCGAGGAACUGCACAAGAUAAAGGUGCAGCUGGACGGCCAUGAGAGAGGCCUCCAGACUGUGUGAAAAACCAACACACACACACACACACAACGGCAGCUUUAAAAAGACUUUCUGUGCCACAUAUUUAUCAGACCCUCUUGCUUUGACGUUUGCUGCAGAUGCUAGUCGACGCCCUGCGCUGUUCCACUGCUAAUUUAUUCAGACAGCUGUGCGACUCGUGCUGUGACUGCAUCCACGUUCUCACUCUGCAAUCUCUCUAGGUCAAGGACACUGUUAAAAGUUUACAAGAAAAGAAAAAGGGCUAUUAAAUUUUUUUCGUACCGUUUUUGAUUUUUCUGUGUUUCGGCGGUCGGCUCGGGCGCUCACAGUGAUUCCUCUUUGAGUUUGGAGCCAGGCCGGCAGAGCAUACGUUCACUCUGAAGUCAAUUCAGGAACAUUUUUAUGUUCUGAGCAUCAGACCGACAUGUGGAAGUGAGUCAGUGGCGACAGGCCUCGGUACGGUUUGUACCUGCACUCUCAUGGAAUUGCAUUAAUGAUGCGAAUACCAUCGGAAGUCCAGCAGCUUGCAGUGUUUGCUUCGUCUCAGUUGCUUCUUUUAGCGUUUUUUGACCUAGUUGGUCACGGGGAAUAAAAGGUGCCAAAGUACGCGAUAUUCCACAUGUCCUCCUCAACUGAAGCUUCUACGUCAGCCAAAAAAAAAAAAAAAAAAAAAAAAGCCUUCAGUGGGAUUUUCAGGUGGCGUUAAAACCAAAGUUUUUUUUGUUUUUAAUUUGCAUUCAGAUUGAAUGACAUGCCACUGAACCUGCUCCUUCAGGUCUCACUGGUGACGCUCAGCCUCGCCUCCAGUCAGGCUUCCUCAUGCUUUACCUAAGGGCAGUGGAGAUUUGCAUCAGCAGCUGGACGCGGCUGUGUUCUGUUUCUCCGCUGUGUGUGUGCUCAGCCGCACGCUGCGUGGAUGUUGCAAAAGGCUUUAAAAAAAAAAAAGUUGCAUCUGAUGUAAAACGGUAUGGAGUUUGGCAUUGUUGUGUUCUUUGCCUUAAAUGUUUGUGGAUAGCUUUUCCCAUCUGUUACAAAGACCAUGAAGCCUGUGGGAGGUGUCAAAGCAGCGCUGCUCAGAUUCAUGUGUGUCAGGCUAUUGUCCAAACUUUGUCCUGCCUUAUCCAGUUAUUGCCUUUCAUGAGUUGUUACCUUUGCAAAAACGUCAUGAAACAUGCGCACUUUUGCUUCAGGCUAGAGGAAAGGCCAAGCCGGUCACCAACACGACUUCCAGUGAACAUCUCAGACCUUUGAUUUGAGCCGGUUUACUUAUAGAAGCAGCACGAAGGUGGCGUUUAUUUGGAUGGAGGGCAGAAUUUGUUACUGUGUUCAUGAGUGAAAUACACCGAGCUGUUAUCACAUUCCAAAUAAGAUGACUGACCAAAGGGUUUGCUCCUUUCUUUCUUUGCAGAAACAAAAAAAAAAAAAAAAGGACAGAAGUGCUCUUGUUGUGCAGUGAGCUGCUGCUGGG